AUGCAAAGGCCCAGGCUGCAGAGCACAGACAUCGUGCGCUGUUUGAAGACCUGUCCCUCCUCAGACCUGAGCUGUGCCCUGGACCCGCUCUCCUCCGUCUCCCACACAUCUAUCUCCCUGGUCACUACCAGAGACCUGCCCAGACCAGAAGAGAUUGUGUUUCUGAGGACCUCGGUGAGUCCUUUUGGCAGUUUUCAUCUCGGUUCUUACGACGUUCAGUUCGAGAUCCAGGACGGGAACGUGGAGAACGCCUUCGACAUCAUCAAGAGGCUGGAGAGCGGCGUCUACGUCGCGAACCACACGGUGAUGGAGGAGGUGAUGGAGGAGGUGAUGGAGGAGGUGAUGGAGGAGCAUCAGAGCCUGCAGCGGUCAGUCCUGCAGCGGUCAGUCCUGCAGCGGUCAGUCCUGCAGCGGUCAGUCCUGCAGCGGUCAGUCCUGCAGCGGUCAGUCCUGCAGCGGUCAGUCCUGCAGCGGUCAGUCCUGCAGUGGUCAGUCCUGCAGUGGUCAGUCCUGCAGCGGUCAGUCCUGCAGCGGUCAGUCCAUGUGAGACCGUCCCUGGACCAUUCUGUCUCCUGCCGGGGCCAAGACUAUGCGCCUCUCCACUGCACUGCAUUGUGGGUUAUUCUGUUUUGCUAA